AGGUACUCAGCAGACCGCAUACGGACGCAUGGGCUCGAUAAAACGGGAAACCCAGCCCAUGCCCAAAUGGCUGAUCUGGAACUGUUUUACUUUGAUCAGCCGGAUCCCAGAGACGUCUCCCUGGUUUUAGAUGAAGAAAGUAUCGGCGACAGCGGUGAAAAGUCACUUCAUCCCGGCGGAGGAGAGUGUUCAGCACCAUGGACAGAGAUCAGGGGAGCUCCGCGUCCGGAGGAGGAAACGGAAACAUCUUUUACUUGCAAACACCAACAUGAUGAAGAUGCUGAUGAUGUCCAGCUGAUAGGUGCGAGUCCACAAACCUGCAGACUGAGUCGGCGCUCCUCGAGUGAACUAUACGAGGAGGAGGAGGAGGUAAUGGAGGAAGAGGAGGAGGACAUCCCGGAACUUUACUUGCUGUCCGACGACGACCUCUCCUCUGAGGACUCGGGGAAGUCUGUGGAUUACGGCUUCAUCAUCGCCGUGACUUGUCUGGUAACUGGCAUCUCUCUGGUCGCCAUAGCUUACACGGUCCCCAGGGACGUCCGGGUGGACCCGGACACUGUGACCGCCCGGGAGAUGGAGCGUCUAGAGAGGGAGAAAGCCAGAGUGGGAGCCCAUCUGGACCGGUGUGUCAUAGCGGGACUGUGUCUGCUCACCCUCGGGGGCGUGCUGCUGUCCACGCUGCUCAUGAUCUCCAUGUGGAAAGGGGAGAUGAUGAGGAGGAAAGCCUUCGCCUAUUCCAAACACGCAGCAAAGUUGUACGGCUCCAUCAGUUUGAGAGCUGGCUCCAGCCCCACUCGGGAAUCCUGCUCACAUUUGUCAGUGACUGAUGAGGAUUUAGAAGUGCUCAGCUGAAAUUAUG